AGAAGGAGGGGUCAGCUGUAUGACCCGGAAGUGUCUCUCUGUUCAGUGGUGGAGAAAGGAGACCACAGAGAGCUGGGGUUUGGACGUGGUUUCUUUGCACUAUCUUCAGUAUGCAGCGAUUGCUCUUUCCGCCCCUGAAGGCCUUGGUGGGGAGCCCGUGUCUCCGGCUCCUUGUUCCUAGGGCGGCGCCUAGAACCCAGUGUGGUUGCAGCUGUGGGAUCAGGCGCUCCCUGAGGCCAGGGCAGUACAGCACCAUCUCUGAAGUAACUUUGCAGUCUGGAAGGGGUACAGUGUCCCUUCCCUCAAAAGCUGCUGAGCGGGUGGUAGGUCGAUGGCUCCUGGUCUGCAGUGGAACAGUGGCUGGAGCAGUUAUUCUUGGUGGAGUGACUAGGUUGACAGAGUCUGGCCUCUCAAUGGUAGACUGGCAUUUGAUAAAGGAGAUGAAACCACCUACUAGUCAAGAGGAGUGGGAAACAGAAUUCCAAAAAUAUCAGCAAUUUCCAGAAUUUAAAAUCUUGAAUCAUGAUAUGACACUGGCCGAAUUCAAGUUCAUCUGGUACAUGGAGUACUCACACCGAAUGUGGGGUCGCCUUGUGGGCCUUGCAUACAUCCUGCCUGCUGCCUACUUUUGGAGAAAGGGCUGGCUCAGCCGUGGCAUGAAAGGACGUGUUCUUGCCCUAUGUGGGUUAGUCUGCUUCCAGGGUCUGUUAGGAUGGUAUAUGGUGAAAAGUGGAUUAGAAGAAAAACCAGACUCCCAUGACAUCCCGCGAGUCAGUCAGUAUCGCCUCGCCGCCCACCUGGGAUCAGCUCUUGUUCUUUAUUGUGCCAGCUUAUGGACUUCGCUCUCACUGCUGCUACCUCAGCACAAGUUGCCUGAAACUCGUCAGCUCCUGUGGCUGAGGCGAUGUGCUCAUGGAACAGCAGGCCUGGUAUUCCUUACCGCACUCUCAGGGGCUUUUGUGGCAGGGCUGGAUGCUGGGCUUGUGUACAACUCUUUCCCGAAGAUGGGAGAAUCUUGGGUCCCGGAGGAUCUCUUUACCUUCUCUCCCGUCCUGAAGAAUGUUUUUGAGAAUCCCACCAUGGUGCAGUUUGAUCACCGGAUUUUGGGAAUCACUUCAGUUACAGCUGUGACAGUGCUCUACUUCCUCUCCCGGAGAAUCUCCCUUCCUCGAAGGACCAAGAUGGCCGCAGCGACUUUGCUAGCUUUGGCAUAUACACAGGUGGGCUUGGGCAUUAGCACUCUGCUGAUGUACGUUCCAACUCCUCUGGCUGCCACUCACCAGUCGGGCUCCCUGGCUCUGCUCAGUGUUGCCCUUUGGCUCAUGAGUGAACUCCGAAGAGUCCCAAAAUAAUUCUCAGAGGAUCGGCUUCCUAGGACUGAAAGUGCUUUUGAGAGCUCAUCAGAGAGCACAGAACUUGGGAGUUUUCCUUUUAAAAGGAUGACCUUGGCAUACCAAAUUGGUCAAGUUAUUUAAAAUUCUUUGUUUUUGACAAAGUCACUGGAUCCAGAGUGUCAUUAAGUAUGUUUAACUUAAGAGUCCUUUUUAAAAAUAUUUGUAAAUUUGGUUUUCUUGUUGAAAAUCAUGUUUAAUGUACUAGAUAAAGAAAUGUCUGCCUUUGCUGCUUAAUAGACUGUCUCAGAUUUCUUAAUGUUGGCAAGCUUUUGAUUCUACAUGUACCACUUCAUCUCCUUGACCUCCUGAGUCCUGAAUUAUGUCUAAGUAGAAGUUCUUUAUGCUCUCGACUUCACUUCCAUCAGGUAAAGAUUCAAAGGGAAGGACUGGCACACACUCUAAAGUAGCCAGAGAGCCUUCGGCAGGAAAUAGUGUCUUCUGGUAUCCUGAUUUUCACAAUGGGGAAAGGGUGCAAUCUGACAAGCUUAAAUGUCUGUAUGUAGCAAAAUGGCUUAUAAGUACUUAGAAAAGGAGAAAAUCACUGGUAACCCACUUUGACUCAUCAAGCACUAACCUAGUUCUUUUGAUUGUGCCGUUACAUCUCUAGGUUAGAUGAAUGGAAUACCUAGUAUUAGUCAGUUCCUGAAAGCAUUUCCGAACAGCCUCAUGGAUAAUUAAAGUAUGGUCUUGAUGGUAUAUGAAGUACAUGGACAUCUAUUCAGAUAUGUAAACAAAUUUUUGUUUAAUUAAUU